UUUCCGGCGGUGAAGAUCUCCCCGCGCCAACAUGCCUCUCGCGAAAGACCUCCUGCACCCCUCUCCCGAGGAGGAGAAGCGGAAACACAAGAAGAAGCGCCUGGUGCAGAGUCCCAACUCGUAUUUCAUGGACGUGAAGUGCCCAGGGUGCUACAAAAUCACCACUGUCUUCAGCCACGCGCAAACGGUGGUCCUCUGUGUCGGGUGCUCCACUGUGCUCUGUCAGCCUACCGGAGGCAAGGCCAGACUUACAGAAGGAUGCUCCUUCAGACGGAAGCAGCACUAACGACUGAAUCAAGAUGAAUGAGGAACUGUAAAGAAUAAAACAAAUUUGAUACAAAAAA